CUUCCAAAUUCUAAUUACGCUACUCGCACUUGCACUCUCUGAUUAGGCUCCAAUCCAUGUACACACUCACCUGAAAGGUUUCAUCAUUCUCAGCAGCCACACUUUUUCGCCUUUAUACAAAGUUCACACCUUUUUUUAUUUUUCUUUUUGUCUUUAAUUUUCUUUCUGCUGUUGUUCUUGUUGUUUCUCCAUCACUGCCUCGAUUCAGGAACUGGGUCAUCAUCCUCUGACCUCUGAUUGUGAAUUAAACCACUUUGACUUUUAAAGCAAGGACAGGUAUACAUUCACCAUGGAUUCACCACAUUCUGUUGUGUCACCAUUCAAGAGCUUGGUCUUGAAUGAGGGUACUGAGAAGCACAAGCAUGAUGAUGUAUUUGAGGUGAAUGGAAAAGAGGCUGUGAUGUCAAAUGGGGAUGAAGAUUCAAUUGGCAUGCUUGAUGUAUAUAUACACCAAGCUAGGGACAUUCAGAACAUCUGCAUAUACCAUAAGCAAGAUGUUUAUGCCAAGAUUUGCCUCACUUCUAACCCUGAUGACACUGUUUCCACCAAGACCAUCAAUGGUGGAGGAAGGAACCCAGUGUUCAAUGAGAAUCUAAGGGUUAGUGUUAGGACUAUUGAUUCCUCACUCAAAUGUGAGAUUUGGAUGCUUAGCAGGGUCAAGAAUUACCUUGAGGACCAGUUGCUUGGUUUUGCUUUGGUGCCUUUGUCUGAGGUACUGCUAGUUCAGGAUGGGAAAUUGGAGAAAGAGUUCUCUCUUUCUUCAACUGAUUUGUUCCAUUCUCCGGCCGGUUUUGUUCAGUUGUCGCUUUCUUACACUGGUGCUUCGCCAGAUGUUAUGGCGAUUUCUACAAUUCCUAAGGAGGUUGGAGCGCAGGACUCCGAGACGGGUGAGUCGCUGACGAGGGAUUUGGAAAAGAUUGAGUUCCCUGAUCCGAAGAUUGUGAAUGAAGAUCACUUGAUGCUCGUGGAAAGCUUCUCUGCUUGCAGUGUUGAGUCUGUUCAGCUUCCUCCCAAGGUUGAUUCCCCACCCAGCAGUGUGUCAACAAAUGGUGUCACCUCUCCGGUGCCUGCAAGCUCGGAAUCAUCUGAAGCUGCUGCUGCUAAUUCCAAGUCUCCCGGUCAGGAACAAAUUUCCAGCACCAAAGAUGCUAAACAUGUGGAUGCUAUAGAUGGUGAGAGUGAUUCCUCAAAUGGGGUUCUUCCAAGUGUGUCAUUCCCUAAGCCUGUUGUUACUGUGAACCUUGUCCCAGAACCGAAUUUGGUGCAGCAGGAUAUAGUAGACAUGUACAACAAAAGCAUGCAGCAAUUUACUGAGUCAUUGGCCAAAAUGAAGCUUCCUAUGGACAUAAAAAGUGAGGCAACUAGUUCAGGGAAUUCGAGCACUGAGGAGAAGUUGCAGACACCGAAGAGUAACAACUCGCGCGUAUUUUAUGGUAGCAGGGCUUUCUUCUGAACUUCUGUUUUAAUGGUUCAAAUUCAAUGGAAUACAAGGCAAGGUGACUGUAGAUUCUAGAACAAGAACUUAUGUUGUAAUAAUGUGUACUAUCCAGUGUGGUUUCUCCUUCUGUGUACUUCUUCAGAAUGUUGUAGGUUAUAGUGAAUUAUAACUAUGUACUCUCUCUCACAAGCUUGUUAUCUUAACUUCUAUGUGAACUUUUUCUUUUCUUUUC